AUGUCUGGUAACAAUGGCCAUAGUAAUCAAAACAACAAUGGAAGAGAAGCUAACAUGCCGACGGAGGCCGAGCCGCAUCCAGUCUUCGAACAGCUUCCCGGCGUUCAAUAUUGCAUCAACAGCCCGCCACCUUGGCUAGAAACAGUUUUUCUGGGAUUUCAGCAUUAUCUUCUGGCACUUGGUUCUAUUGUCUUAAUUCCAAGUAUGGUAGUUCACCAAAUGGGAGGCAGUGAUAAGGACAAGGCUAAGGUAGUACAAACCUUACUAUUCGUUUCGGGGCUAAAUACGUUACUGCAUUCAUUUUUCGGAACAAGGCUGCCGUCUGUAAUAGGAGGUUCCUACGCGUUCUUGAUUCCCGUAACUUCGAUUAUCCAUUCAAAAAAAUACACACUCAUACAAAAUCCAGAGCAGAGGUUUUUGGAGACGAUGAGAGAAAUACAAGGUGCUUUAAUCCUUACGUCGUGUUUCCAAAUGAUCAUUGGUUUUCUUGGUUUGUGGAGAAACAUAGUAAGGCUUUUUAGCCCUCUAUCGAUGGUUCCGUUGAUUACUUUCACUGGACUUGGACUAUACCACCUUGGAUUUCCACUGGUAAAAAUUGCAUUUUACUCAAUUAAAUCGCCCAUAUGUGAUAGAUUUGCACUCUUGUUCUCCGUUGCAAUCGUGUGGUUAUACGCGGAGAUUUUAACUUGGAGUGGCGCUUAUAAGAACUCGAAAAAUAGUAGUUGUCGAACCGAUAGCUCCGGACUCAUUAGUGGUGCUUCUUGGUUCUACGUACCGUUUCCAUUUCAAUGGGGGCCUCCCUCUUUCGGGGCCGGAGGAAUUUUUGCAGCGAUUGUAGCUUCUUUCGUUGCUUCGGUCGAGUCGACUGGUUCGUUUCUUGCAGCAGCAAGAUACGGAAGUGCAACACCGGUUCCACCUUCGGUAAUUAGCCGUGGAAUCGGAUGGCUGGGGGUCGGAACUUUGAUCAAUGCCCUUUUCGGAAGUGUCACCGGUUCCACUGCAAUAGUAGAAAAUGCAGGUCUAUUAGCCUUGACAAAAGCAGGAAGUAGAAGAGUCGUUCAAAUAUCGUCACUGUUCAUGAUUUUCUUCUCCGUUUUAGGGAAAUUUGGAGCAAUUUUUGCUUCAAUACCUUCACCAAUAAUGGCAGCCUCUUAUUGCAUGUUCUUUGGUUAUGUCUCAUCUGCAGGAUUGGGAUACCUUCAAUUCUGCAAUUUAAACAGUUUCAGGACAAAGCUUUUAUUAGGGCUAUCAUUUUUCAUUGGAAUUUCUCUGCCACAAUAUUUUAGAGAUCAUUAUCUGAAUUCAAGAAAUGAUGAUCCAACGCACAACAUUCAUGCAGGAUGGUUCAAUGAUAUAAUGUGUGUUAUAUUUACGUCGAACGCGACUGUGGCUGCGGUAGUUGCGGUUGUAUUGGAUUGCACAUUGCCGCACGGGACGGACGAGAAAGAGCGUAAAGAUAAUGGAUCUUAUUGGUGGGAUAAAUUUAUGCACUAUAAUAAAGAUAUUAGGAAUGAUGAAUUCUAUAAGUUGCCUGGCCAACUCAAUCGAUACUUUCCACCUUUCUGAAAAUAAAAUAAAUAAAUGUUUCUG